AAAUAAAGUACCAUCGCCAUGUUUCAGAAUGAAAUAUGUCCAAAACAUUAAAUGUAAUAUUGCCGUGUAGCAGUAUUUACACUUCAUAAUUUUUGUCUUUGUUUUUAAAGAAUACUUUUUGGUUGAUGAGACUACCGCGGGAGUUGUAUUUGCUGUAAGUAACUAGAUCCGGUGAUGUCUAUUUACCCUGCGGCUAACAAAUUAGCUAGCACGCUACUAUCGGAGGGAAGGAGCGGCAUCUCGGCCUUAUGCGUGCUAAGUAUAUGGACAUUUAGUUGACUCCCCAAAAAAUAUAUUGUAUUGUUUCCCAUACAGUAACAGUGUUACGCAAUGCACCAUGGGAGUGGACCACAGAAUGUGCAACGGCAACUUCAGAGAUCCAAGUCCACCACUGGAUCUGAAGCAGAAGACCACCAGAAGCAGCAGACCAUGGCAGUUACUCAACAGCAGGCAACAGCCAACCAUCCACAAUCAACUGUGACCACGUUUCCAUCUGCAGCCAGCCCUUCAGCCCCCCAGUCCCCCAACUACCAGAUAAUAAUGAGCCGCAGCCCUGUCACAGGCCAGAACAUGAACAUCACCUUACAAAAUGUCAGUCAAAUGGUGACAGGCAACCAACAGAUCACCCUCACCCCGCUCCCCCUCCAGAACCCAGGCUCUCCCGGCUUCCAGCACACGGCCCCGCAGUGGAGGUUUGAGCAUGCCCCGUCCUAUAUCCAGGUCACCUCACCGCUGCCACAAUCCAUGCAGCCACAAAGUCCCACCCAGCACAGCCCAGUCCCCCUCCAGCGACCAGGGGCACCUGGAACAGGACUGGGUUUGUGUGGACAGAGCCCAACACGCUUUGUUGAUGCUGGCAUGCUUGUGAGACAAAUCAGUCUUGGCAGCCCGCCUGGAAGUGGGCACUUUGUUUACCAAGAGGGGACAGGGCUGACGCAGCUAACUCCAACCACGGUUGGGCAGGUGCAGCUGUCCUCCCCAGGGGUGCCAGGCUCUGUGCGGGAAUGCAGGCUGUCCCAGCCCCACUCACAGACUGGAGGCACCAUCCACCACCUCGGACCUCAGAGUCCUGUGGCCAGUGGCACUGCUCUGCCCACACUGGGGAGCCCAGGCCACAUCACCACCUCCAACUUGCCACCUCAAAUCAGCAGUAUCAUCCAGGGGCAGCUGGCGCGUCCCAUGAUAUUUGAGAAGACUUCACAGGGUAUGGUAGCUGGAGUGGGGACAGCUGCCACAUUGUCUUUCAGUAUGCCUUCCACCAUUCCUCCCUCCAGCCCUUCUCUCAUUAACCCUCCGCAAGGCAUCCCCAAUCCCCCCCUCACCCCUACCGGCAUGUGCUUGGGGUCCAUCAAGAAACAGAUACCCAAAAAGCUGGAGGAGAUUGCACCCUUAAACCCAGAAGUGGCCCAGCUGAGGAAGCAGUGUCUGGAGCACCACACUAAGAAGAUGGAGGGUCUGAAGGAGGUCUUCAAAGACUACCUGAUUGAGUUGUUCUUCCUGCAGCACCUUCAGGGGAACAUGAUGGACUAUUUGGCUUUCAAGAAGAAGCCCUGUGUCCCGCUUUUCACUUACCUGAGGCAGAAUGACCUAGACCUUGAGGAGGAAGAGGAGGAGGAUGAGGAGCAGUCUGAGGUCAUCAAUGAUGAGGUCAAGGUUGUCACUGGAAAGGAUGGACAGGCUGGAACACCGGUUGCCAUAGCGACACAGCUUCCACCCAAUGUUUCAGCAGCAUUCUCUACCCAGCAGCAGUUCCAGGUGCACCCGGGAGCAGCUGGCAGCAUGACAAACACUGGAGACAUGGAUGCCUUUAAGAGGCAACAGGCAAUGGCACAAGCAGAUCAGGCUAAGAGGUCCCGGAUUGAAGUUGGUCGCCAUGGAAUGAUUUUCCAGCAUCCUGGUGCUUUAGGAUCACCUGGCGUUCCACUCCAGCAGCUUAUGCCGACAGCGCAAGGCGGUAUGCCCCCCAACCCGCAGACGGUCCAGAUCCCCGGGCAGAAGCAGAACCAGCCACAGUAUGACCCGUCCAAAGGGCCUCCGGUGCAGAACGCUGCCAGCCUGCACACUCCUCCCCCCCAGCUGCCUGGCCGCCUGCCCCAGGGCGCCCUCCCCAUGGCUGGCCUGCCCAUGGCUCUCUCUCAGCAGCCCCAGCUGGUGGAGAGCUCAGCCCAGGUAGCCAAUCAGCUCCAGGCCCAGGUGAAGGUGCAGGGGGCUGGCCCCAUCAUGGCUCCAGUCAACCCCCACACACAGCUCCAGGCCCAGCUCCAGCAGCAGAUGCAGUCUGGUCUUCACCUCCAGAUGCAGCCUCAGCAGCUACAGCAGCCCCAGCUCAUGCUGCAGCCAGGACAGGCGACUGUGACCCUCACUCGUCCUGGAGCGGACUCCAACCAACCUGUCCAAAGAAUGAUGACCAACUCCCUGUCCAACCCCUCCAUGUCUCCUGCCCCCCUCAACGCCCCCAACUCACUCCCCUCCCCCCACACAAUUGGCCCCCUCCGCCCCUCUGGGUCCAACAUCAACCCUAACACACAGUCCAAACUGGCCGGGCCCAACGGCACCUCCACAGUCAAAAUGGGAGGCUUUGGUCAGGGUUCGGGUAUGCAGUCAUCAGAAGGGAGCUCACAGGACAAACAAGCUGAACAGGCCAAAAUGGAGAGCCAGGUGCACCAGCGUAUCUCUGAGCUGAGGAAAGAAGGCCAGUGGUCAGCCAGCAGGCUGCCCAAGCUCAUGGAGUCCUCUCGGCCCAAGUCCCACUGGGACUACCUACUGGAGGAGAUGCAGUGGAUGGCAGCUGACUUUGCCCAGGAGAGGAGGUGGAAGAUGGCUGCUGCCAAGAAGCUGGUUCGCACCUGUUCCCGUUACCAUGACGAGCAGAAGAAGAUGGAAGAGGGGUCCAAGAAAGAGGAAGAACUGCGGCUCCGUCACAUUGCUAGCACCAUCGCCAGAGAGGUGGAGUUCUUCUGGUCCAACAUUGAGCAGGUUGUGGAAAUUAAACUGCGUUUCGAGAUUUAUGAGAAGAGACUGAAAAUGCUCAGCCUACAGAGAGCAACGAGUAAAGGACAAGAUGUUAAACCUGCUCAGUCGACCGCAGUGAAAGCUGAAAAAGAGGAGCCCAUUAUGUCAACAAGGAAGCGAAAGUCCAGCACUUCAUUGGCGGAAGAAGUUCAGGAUGAGGAGAGCACCAUAGAGGAACAGGAGGCCAUGGAGGUGGCAGCUGAUCAGAAGGCAGAGUUGGGAGAUCUGGCUAAAGAUGCUGAGAUGCCUCUGGAUGCGUUGAUGAAACAGUAUGCUGGUGCCUACGCUGACAACUUUGACUGGCCCCUGCCUUCCCCACAGAGUGAUGAGGAGGACAGGGAUGAGACUGAAGAGAUGGAGUCCUCUCUGGACAGCCCCCACGAGGCUGUAGUGAUAGACUCCCUGCUCAGUGUGGACCAGUAUCGAGGUUCUGAGAAGGCCAGCCCCCCUGGUGCUGACGGGAAGCCCAAGAAGGACAUAGCAGAGGUGGCAGCCGCCACAGAACUCAUCCUACCGAAGGGCAGUGCCAGGACCACCACUUCUGGCCGCAGCCAGGCUCCUUUCCUGCUGCGUGGAUCACUGCGUGAGUACCAGCAGAUCGGAGUGGACUGGCUAGCCAGUCUCUACAAGAAACACCUUAACGGCAUCUUAGCAGACGAGACAGGGCUGGGCAAGACUGUGCAGACUGUGGCCUACCUGGCCCAUCUGGCCUGUCAAGAGGGCAUCUGGGGCCCCCAUCUGGUUGUGGUGAGGACGUGUAAGAUCCUGAGCUGGGAGAUGGAGUUUAAACGCUGGUGUCCUGGCCUCAAAAUCCUCCUCUACCUCGGCAACAGACGGGAACGCAGAGCAAAGAGAAGGUGGUGGGCGGAGGCCAACAGCUUCCAUGUGUGUGUGACGUCCUACAAGCUGCUGCUGAAGGACCAGAGCCACUUCCUGAGGAGGAGGUGGAAGCACCUGGUCCUGGAUGAGGUGCAGCUCAUUAAGAACAUGUCAGAGAAACACUGGGAAACAAUCUUUGCUCUCAAGAGUCAGCAGAGGAUCCUCCUGAUCAACACUCCACUCCAGAACACACUGAAGGAGCUGUGGACCAUGAUCCACUUCCUCCUGCCAGGCAUCACCAGACCCUACACAGACUUCCCUGUCAAGCCAGGCACAGACCAGAACCAGGACUACUGCCACAAACUGGUCAUCCGCCUACACAGGAUGAUCCAACCCUUCAUCCUGAGGCGCUGUAAGAGGGACGUGGAGAAGCAGCUUCCUAAGAAGUAUGAACACAUCCUCAAGUGUCGCCUUUCCAGCAGACAGAAGAGCAUGUAUGAAGAUAUCCUCACUCAGCCAGGAGCCCAGGAGGCAUUGAAGACUGGUCAUUUUGUGAGUGUGCUGCAGGUGCUGAUGCAGCUGCAGAGGAUCUGUAACCACCCAGACCUGGUGAACAUCAGGGAGACCAGCAGCUCCUACGUGUGUUCCUCUCUGCAGUACAACACCCCUUCCCUGGUGCUGGGAGCCCUGCAGGACGACCAACGCACGAGCCUGGACCUGUCCCUGUUCGACUUGAUCAGUAAUGAGAACAGACUGACGCGCUACGAGACAGAGGAGGUUCUACCCAAACUCAAAGUCACCCGUCAGCUGAUUGAGGAGAUCCACAGUGCUCCGGACCCACCGGCCAGACCCAAGCCCUGCAAGAUCAAACCAAUGAGGUUGUUCCAGCCAGUGCAGUAUGGUACCAAGCCAGAGGGCCGUCUGGUGCCCAUGACCAAUACUGUGGGUCAGCAGCGUCCUCCAGCCACCACUACCACCCCCCUCACCACCACCGCCACUAUUACUUCUACUGCCCCUCAGCCAGCCCAGACCAGGGGCAAGUCCCCUGUCACCACCACCACUACCACCACACAGGUGGCUGGGACCGCUAUUCAGAAAGCCCAGACUACCUCUCCUGCCACCGGCACCACUGGGUCUGCUGUAGCAUCCUCUGGGAGCUCCGCCGCUGGCCAGCAUGUGGUGGGGGCUGCCCCCCCUGUGGCCCUGGGUCAGGCUCUGUGUGGCGCAGCCCAGCCCACUCUGUCUGGUAUUGUCCAGGUCCCCAGGCCGGCCCUAGGCCCCACCCAUGCCAUCCAGUCCAGCCUGGUUCCCCAGAGACUGGUUCUAACAUCCCAGGCCCAGGCACGGUUGCCUAGUGGAGGAGAUGUGUUGAAGAUAGCCCAGCUGGCGUCCAUAGCAGGCAGCCAGAACCGAAUCUCCCAGCCCGAGACCCCCGUCACUCUGCAGUUCCAGGGCAACAAGUUCACCCUGUCCCCCAGCCAGCUCCGACAGCUCACCACUGGGCAGCCCUUGCAGCUCCAAGGUACACUCGGUAACAUCCUGCAGAUAGUGUCGGCCCCUGGUCAGCAGAUCCUCCGGCCCCAGGGCUCUAUGGUCAUGCAGACGGUACCUCAGGCUGUACCUGUCUCCAACUCGUCCACCAGACCUGGCACCCCACCACCAGUCGGCCCUGCCCAACAAGCUUCAGGGGUGACACCAAAUGCCUUGGGGGUGAGCUCCCAGCCUGCUCCUGCUGCUCCUAUUGCCUCUCAGGUGACGUCAGAGGAGAGGAGUCGUCAGCUGAAGGAGCGUCUGAGCCGCCUGUUCAGUGCCAACGAGAGGCGUUGUGACCGCAGUGUGCUGUACGGGGCUGACCUGCUCCAGGCCUGCUCUGUGACCCCAGGGGCUCCUCACUCUGCCCUGAGCCCCGGGGGCUGGAGGUGGGUGGGCAGGGACAGCUGCCUCAGGGCCCAGAGGACUCCUGUGGCCACCACCACACACCUCCAGUCUGCUCUGCUCUCCUCCACACACCGCCAGGACGCCAGCAGCAGCCUAGUCAGCAGGUUAUCAUGUGUUGUCCCUGCCGCAGUAGCUCGUCCCCCUUACCUGUAUGCAGCCAAUCCCCCAGCUCCCUACAGCCUGGAGCAGAAGUCGAUCAGUCGCAGGCUCCAGGAGGCCGCCACCCCCCACAGCACAGAGAUCCACAGCCUGGCCUCUGGACACCUGCUCCAGUUCCCUGACCUGCAGCUCAUGCAGAUGGACUCGGGUAAACUUGAGGCCCUGGCCAUUCUGCUCCAGAAACUGAGGUCAGAAAAUCGCCGCGUCCUCAUCUUCACACAGAUGGUGAAGAUGCUGGACAUCCUGGAGGCCUUCCUGGACCACCGGCAGCUCACAUACAUCCGUGUUGACGAGAGCCUGAUCACAGAGGAACGGCAGGAACAUAUGAAGACCUUCAACAGGAACAGACAGGUGUUCUGCAGCAUCCUGACCAACCGUUGCUGCUCGGCCGUGGGGACAGUGUUCGACGCAGAUACCAUCAUAUUCUACGACACGGACCUCAACCCCAGCAUGGAUGCCCGCACCCAGGAGUGGUGCGACAAGAUCGCACGAUCCAAGGACAUCCACAUCUACAGACUGGAGAGCGGGAACUCCAUUGAAGAGAAGCUGCUAAAGAACGGCACCAAGGAUCUGAUCCGAGAGGUGGCUGCACAGGGGACUGACUACACCUUGGCAUUCCUCACACAGCGGACCAUCCAGGACCUCUUUGAGGUGGAGGCCGGCUCGGGGGAGAAGGUUGAGGAGUUUGUGGUUCUGCACCAGGAGCCGUCUCCCUCUGAGGCCAUCUCUCCCCGCGUGGCUAGGCCCUACAUCCAGGCCCUCCACAGCAUCAGCCUGGGCGCCCCGCCACCAGAGCAGCAGGAGGAGGAGAGCCAAGAGGGUCAGGAGGAGGACCUGGAGAAGGAGCUGCAGGUCAAAGAGGAGCCCUCUCAGCUGGAGGAGCUUAACGCUGUAAUGGACCAGCUAACACCAAUAGAAAAAUAUGCCCUGCAAUACCUGGAGUAUCUUCAUGUCAGUGAAGACGAACUUGUUGCUAAGGAGCGACUGUUGUGUGCGAAGAGAGGCUGGGAGAUGCAGCACCUCCAGAAACUGAAGGCUGAAGACGAGGAGAGGAUUAUCAUUGAGGAAGAGGAGGACCUGUUCACGUACACCAGAGAGGAUGCUUACAACAUGGAGUAUGUGUUUGAUGGAGAAGAUGGCCAAACGGAAAUCAUGCCGCUGUGGACUCCACCUACCCCACCGCAGGAUGACAACGACAUCUAUAUCGACUCUGUCAUCUGUCUGAUGUACGACUCUGCUCCCAUGCCUGAGUCCAAACUGCCUCCGGUCUACAUCCGCAAGGAGCACAAGAGACUCAAGAUGGACCCCUCAGCAGCAGGCAGGAAGAAGAAGAAGGGUCAUGGGGAGACGGUGAUUCCUCCUCGCUCCCUCUUUGAGAAGGCCAGCAUGCUCAAGGUCCGCCGAGAGGGCAAAGACCAAAAGAAGAACUUCUCCCUGAAGCAGCAGGCACCCUUUGCCAAGCCUCUGCCCUCGCUGGUCAAACCUGCCAUGGAGGCCGGACAGGACAACCCAGAGUGGCUCAUCAGUGAAGACUGGGCCCUUCUACAGGCUAUGAAGCAGCUCCUGGAGCUCCCUCUGAAUCUAACCAUCGUGUCUCCGGCCCACACCCCCAACUGGGACCUGGUCAGCGACGUGGUCAACUCCUGCAGCCGCAUCUACCGCUCGCCCAAGCAGUGUCGCAACCGCUACGAGAACGUCAUCAUCCCCCGGGAGGAGGGCAAGUUGGUGUAUGAGGCGAACCCUAAGAAGAAAACCAAGAGCAUAUACAAGUCUAAGAACAGCCGGCCACUGCGGACCUGUCAGAUCUACACCCAGGAUGACAACGCUACACACAUCCAGCUUUACAACAGCCGCUUUGAGCUCAUGAAGAUCAUCGCCAGCAAGAGGAGUCCCCCCAUCAAACCACUUCUGGGGAUGAACCCAUUCCAGAAGAACCCAAAACAUGCCUCCGUCCUGGCAGAAAGUGGGAUCAGCUACGACAAGCCCCUCCCUCCCAUUCAGGUGGCAUCACAACGUGCUGAGAGGAUUGCCAAGGAGAAGAAGGCCCUAGCGGAGCAGCAGAGGGCUCAGCAGCUAGCGCAGCAGGCUGGAGCCCCCCAGGCCGUGGCCGGUGCUGCCCAACCCCAGGCUGGGGCUCCCGCUGCAGGCCAAGCCCAGGCCCCGGGGGUCCUCCAGGCCCCUGCAGCGGCUGGAGCAAUGGCUGUACCCAACACCGCUGUCCUGCCUGGAGCCAUAAAGAAUGCUGCUGUGGGAACAACCAUUCAAGCUGCCACCGUAGGGGGGAACCUGAUUGUGAACACAGUGGCUGGAGUUCCUCCAAGUCCGUUCCAGGCCAACAAACGGCUGGCAUCACCAGGUCAAGUCAUACCAGGAACCCUGUCUCCUGCCGGUGCAGCAGGAGCCCAGGUGGUCCAUUCCCAGCAGAGAGCCGUACCUGCUGCUGCCUCGCCUGGGGAGGUGGUUGCCAUAGCUACGGGUCAGGGUGUCAGGGCCGUUACCCCGGUGACUGCCUCUGCAGUGGUGUCCACCACUCUGACCCCAGUGCAGUCCCAGACCCGCUCCCUGGUCACACCAGCCACAGGCAUGCAGCUGCCCCAGGGGAAGCCCAUCACCCAGGCCCACCUCCACAUGCUCCGCCAGCAGCAGCUCCAGCAGCAACAACAACAGGCUGCCUCUCCACAAGGCAUCAAGGCUGUGGGAAAACCCCAGGAGCUGCUGAAGAUGCACAAGCAGAAGCUGCAGAUGGCCCAGCAGCAGGCAGGAGCAGGCCAGCAGCCUGUCCAGGUGCAGCCAGCCAACCCCCAGGCAGCCCUGGCCAACCCCCAGCUGGCCGCUAUAGCUGCUGGUCCCAGAGCCGGAGCCGUGCUGGCUGGCACCACCGUAGCCAACCUGCAGGUGGCCAGACUGACACGGCUGCCCACCCAGGGUCAGAUCCAGGCCCAGCCAGGGCAGACGGCCCAGGUGACCCUCACCAAGCCCCCCGUGGUCUCUGUGCCCGCCGUGGUCUCCUCCACUGGCGUCACCACCCUGCCCGUCACUGUGGCUGGCAUCAGUGUAGCCAUUGGUCAGGCCCAGAAAACAGGUGGGCCAGUGUUGACGCCCCCGUUCCCCCAGAUGCAGGUGCAGCAGCUGCUCCAGAUGAAGAAGCAGCAGGCAGCUGUGCAGGCAGCAGCAGUCCAGCAGAAAGCAGUGCAGCCACAGCCAGGACAAGCCUCUAUGCAGCAGAAGCUGGGUACCCAGCAGAUGACAGUGCCGGCUACCCACCAGCAGAAGGUCACCUAUGCCACCACCACCCAGCUACAGCCUAGCAUCAAGACCCAGUUCUUCACUACCUCCAUUGCCCAGGCUGGGAAACCCACUGGGGCCCAGCAAAUCCAGGUGGCUAAGCUCCCCCAGAUAGUGCAGGGGCAAUCCACUGUGGCCAACAUCCAGCAGAUUGUAUCAUCUCCACAGCAGAUCCAGCCCCAGUCUGUGGCCCUGACCCAGGCUACAUCCUCAGCCCAGCCCCAGGUCCAGAUGAUUCCAGCAGGCACAGCCACAGCCCAGGUGGUUCAGCAGAAGCUCCUCCAGCAGCAGGUGGUGACUGCAGCCGCCUCGCCUCAGAUACAGACCCCCCCUCCUCACAGCCCGGCCCAACAGGCCCCAGUUUCCACUGCAGCCGAGUCCCCAGUACAGCAGCAGCCAGCCAAGGGCCAGGCUCGCGGCGGGGCCAUGAGGGGCAAGACCCAGGCCAAGCCCAGCGGGGGCAGCAGCUAGGAGCCCACAGGAAUAGUUAGAGCUCCCCUCUCAGCUAGGCCAAGCAGGACAUCUCAUCAGUGUAAAUGCACUCAGUGACUCUGAGGAGCAGUGUUAUGAAGCAGUGGUGGAGUCCAGUCUGAGGUGGCUGUGUUGAAUCUAACCUGGUUUAAGGAACUGUUCCAUGUAAAGGAAUGACAUGUCUUUUAAGAGUGUCAUCUUCUAGCUACAACACAGUUCUGCAACUGUCGGCCGUUUCCCUCGCCACUGUUUCAGAAGGUCUCCCUUGGAGGCAACCUCCCCCCUGCACCAACAUCUAAUAUAAGAUCAGAAAAGCCGAAAAAUAAUAUUCAUGACUUUUUAAAUUGAUGACUAUAUUAAUGUUACUCCAUAGAUAUCCUGUGGCUUGGGCCUAUGGGCUGGUGCAUAGCUAAUUUGGGGAAUGUCAAUUUGAAUAAUGUUUUGUGUAUUCAUACAUUGUCCCUGUCCCCCUUGAUGUUGUUAUUCUCAUGCUUACCGUUUAUGAUGUCUGUAAUUUCAUAGUUGUUUAUAGAUAUAGAAAACACCCUUCUGGUAAAAAAAAAAAAACGUAUCUUGAUCAAGUAAUGCAUAGUAAUGUGACUACAUCUCAGUAGUACAGGUGCAUUGCCUACCAGAAGGAUAUAGGUGAGAGGACUUCAGUUCUCGUGCUAAUUGUCAUUGUGAAACACUUAUUCACACACAUCAAAGCCCUGAGCCAUUAGUGAUUGCAGUUUUACCCAUAGAAACACAUUCACAUAACCUUUUUCAGUGUACCAAUUGAACAUUGACAGAAGUGUCCCUAAAAGUUAGCUCCUUAAUUUUUUGCAUAAGAGGGAGCUUGCCAGGUCCAAAACUGCCCCAAUAGUGAUUGUAUCACAGUUAUAACGACCACUCAAAACACAAAUGAAAUACAAUCUGAAUGUAACAUUUUGUUUUUUUGUAACCUUCAGACAUUUAAUGGAUAAUAAUGCACGUUCCUUUAGUCAAUUAUGUUUAUGUAACAAAUACACUGUAAACAUGUACUUUAGUAUCUUGUGUUUUCUCAUAAAUAUGCCAUUUUUUAUUGAUGUUGAAGAAAAAAACUGUAAAUAACAAUGAAAAAGGAAAACAUUUGUACUUGUAAAGUAGUUGUUUUCAUUGGAUUUUUUCAGCCUAAUUGUAAUAAAGUGUUUUGUUUUUAUACACAA